AUGGAUUAUAAAACCAUUCAAUCUACUAUUUCCUUGAUUCAAGAGAACAUUACCAAAGUACCAGUUGUCCAAAAGGUCCUCGACAACAAGUACGUCCGUGAACACCCAGUUGUUGCUGGUGUUACCGCCGUCGGUGCUGGUUUAUUAGCCGCCAAGACUAUCGCCAAGGUCGUCAAGGGUACUGAGAAGAGAUACAACUUUGCUUCCAUCCCAGGUAUUACUUAUGAAGAUGAAAUCUAUGAUGUUGCCGUUAUUGGUGCUGGUCCAUCUGGUUCAACUUUGUCAUACUAUUUGGCUCGUGAGGGUAGAAAGGUUGCCGUUUUGGAAAAGAAGAAGUUCCCACGUGACAAGUUCUGUGGUGAUGCUGUUGCAACUAUGGCUCAAGAUAUUUUGCGUGAGAUGGGUGUCAUGAAGGAACUCGUCGAUGAGGAUCUCGGACAUUUCGCUCAAAACGGUGGUUUCGUUUCACCAAACGGAAACUCGUUCAUCGGUAACUCUGCUAAGGAGAUGGCUCGUGACGCCAAAUACAAUCGUGGUGCCGUCAUUGCCGUCAAGCGUAUCUACUUGGACGAGAAGAUCGCCAAGGCUGCCAAGCGUAUGGGUGCUGAACUCUAUGAGAACACCACCGUCCAAACCUGCAAAUUCGACCGUAACACUGGUUUGUGGACUGUCGAGUGUGUCGGUUCCGAAGACAACCAACCAAUCGUCUACCGUGCCCGUUGUUUGGUCUGUGCUGACGGUUCACCAUCGUCCACCGCCCGUGCUCUCGGUUACGUCAACACCGAACCAAACGGUAUUUGCUCGCGUGCCUACGUAAAGAACAACAAGACCUUCAAGUACGACGGUGUUGUUUUCUAUCCAAAGUCAUUGCUCCCAGGUUACUGUGCCAUCAUCCGUGAGGCACGUGACGAACUCAACUAUUUGGCUUACAUUAUCCCAGGUGGUAAAGUCCAAAACGAAGACUUGCACCACUACCAUCACGAUUACAUCCAAAACGACCCAUUCAUCAGCAAGGCUCUCGGUCCAAAUCCAGAGAUCGAGCGUAUGAAGGCUGCUCCACUCCGUUUGGGUGGUAUCGAAAAGUCAUACGACGAUCACAUGAUCAUCAUUGGUGACGCCGCCGGUUUCAUCGAUCCACUCACCGGUGAGGGUAUCCAAUACGCCAUGGAAGGUGGUAAGAUUGGUGCUGAAGUCUUGAUCAAGGCUUUCAACGAGAAGGAUCUCUCACACCAAUCUCUCAAGAGAUACCAAGACCGUUGGAUGUCCAGAUUCGGACACGAAUUCGCCACCUCCAUGACCAUGUCUUUGUUCUUGUACCGUUUCCCAAUCGUUUUGGAUGCCGCUGCUAACUUGAUCGGUAAGCGUGGUGCUCGUUUCUUGGCUGAGUGGGCUGCCGUCAUGACUGGAGUUGAACCAAAGACCUGGUUCCUCAGACCAUCCGUAGGUCCAUUCAUUGUUUUGGAGAUUUUCGCCGAGUGUUUCAGACGUUUAUUCAAGUCAAAAUCGAUCAAGAACACUGAAAACAACUCACUUGAUCAAUAUUAA